UACUACACUGUACAGAAAUGACUGUUUGUCUUUCUCUGACAUGCAAAGACAGUCUAUGUCGAGGGAAGAGCUUUCAAGAAUAUUCAAAUGUACAUAAUCCCUCUAGUUUCUAGUUUAGUCUAGGAAAUGAAGCAUGUUCCUUCUGUCCUUAACCACAAAACUUUGUAGUAGCAGAAUUUGAUGUCACAGUGCCAUUUUUAUGUUACAAAAAAUCUUAAACAUCAAGAAUCAAAUAAUUGGAGCUUCUUGCUAACUGAGCACGUGUCACCACCUGAAAAGAGUCUGCUACGUUCCUACUGCUAUAGUAGAGGGAGUGACGGUGGGAGUGUCCUGAUAUUAGAGCAGAGGCCCAUCUUUACUCAUCUUCAGUUGUGCUUAAGAUGCUCAGGGUCUUUAAAGUGUCUCUCACUUUUGCAGCAGACAGCUUAGUUAAAUAAUUUGGCUCUUUGACAACUAUUAUACCUAAAAACAUUUCUUUUAAAGGAACAAAAAAAUUAGAAAACCAAGCAAAAAUAAUGGGCUGUGUUCAAAGCUUCAGGGAAUUAUGUGACCGUCCAAAAAAUACUAAUGUUCGUUUGAGUCUUCCGGCAGUUUGCAUUGUGUGGCAAACAGCCAUGAUCAUCUUGUUUGGGGUUUUUAUUCGUUAUAAUGAGGAAUCCGAUCCACACUGGAUAGAGCACAGAGCAGCUAAAAACAUAUCGAGUGACAUUGAAAAUGACUUCUACUUCAGAUAUCCAAGUUUCCAGGAUGUCCACGUGAUGAUCUUCGUUGGAUUUGGCUUCCUGAUGACCUUUCUGAAGCGGUACAGCUUUGGGGGUGUGGGUUUCAACUUCCUCAUCGCAGCCUUCGGCCUCCAAUGGGCGCUGCUAAUGCAGGGCUGGUUCCACUCCCUGGACUACACUGAUGGGAAGAUCAAAAUCGGAGUUGAAAACCUGAUCAAUGCUGAUUUCUGCGUGGCGGGCUGCUUGAUUGCUUACGGGGCAGUGCUGGGUAAAGUCAGCCCAGUCCAGCUGAUGGUCCUGACUCUGUUUGGGAUCACAUUGUUCGCUGUGGAGGAAUUUAUUAUCCUGGAUCUCAUACAUGCCAGAGAUGCUGGAGGCUCCAUGGUGAUCCAUACAUUUGGAGGUUAUUAUGGUCUUGCCAUCUCAUGGAUGCUCUAUCGACCAAACCUGGACCAGAGCAGUCGCCUGCAGGGCUCCGUCUACCACUCGGAUGUCUUUGCAAUGAUUGGCACUCUCUUCCUGUGGAUGUUCUGGCCGAGUUUCAACUCAGCCAUCACAGACCAUGGGGACGGGCAGCACAGAGCGGCCAUUAACACCUACCUGGCUUUGGCCUCCACGGUACUCACCACUGUGGCCAUCUCAAGCCUCUUCCAGAAACAUGGAAAACUAGACAUGGUUCACAUCCAGAACUCCACUCUUGCUGGAGGUGUUGCAGUGGGAACUGCGGCAGAGUUCAUGCUGAUGCCCUACGGGUCUCUGAUCGUAGGAUUCUGCUGUGGUGUCAUCUCCACACUGGGAUAUAUCUACAUCACGCCGUUCAUGGAGAAGUACCUGAAGAUCCAGGACACAUGCGGAAUCCACAACCUCCAUGCCUUGCCAGGAGUCAUAGGUGGCAUUGUGGGAGCCAUUACUGCCGCAGCUGCAACAGAGACAGUUUAUGGUGCCGAAGGGCUGAUUAACACCUUUGACUUUGAGGGGUCUUUCAAAGACAUGGUACCCACACGGCAGGGUGGUCACCAGGCUGCGGGCAUCUGUGUGGCUAUCUGCUUUGGUGUAGGUGGAGGCAUCAUUGUUGGUUGUAUCUUAAGAUUACCUAUUUGGGGGGAUCCUGCUGAUGAAAACUGCUUUGAUGAUGAGGUCUACUGGGAGGUACCUGAGGAUGAGGAACAAAUCCCACCAAUCCUGCAGUACAACAACCACAUGCAGAACAAAGAUGUGGUGGAGUCGAAUUUCAACAUAGAGCAGAACUGACACUAGGCCUCAAUCCUUAAGGAUCUCUGUCUUCAUCCUGAACAUCCUGUUGGCUCCUUUUAUCCUCCUGCUGGACAGAAAUGUUAAUUUAAUACAAUCAUUCCACACCAAUGAAAACCAGUAAUUAUCCAUGCAGUGAGUAAAUAUCUGUUAAAAGGUUAUUUAGCCUAGAACUUAAAUUUAAACUGGAAUUAGAUCAUUUCUGUUUUCCAAGAUUUAACAUUUGAAAUCAGCUCAAAUUCAAUCAAAUAGUUAAAUUAAAUAUAUUUUUUAAAUGACAUAUAAAGUGACAUUAUCAUGCCUUAUUCUUGCAUUGACAAACAGGUGAAUUUAUUUGGUGACAUUGUCUCACCCAAACAGAGUUUUUCACACAGAAAACAAGAUUUUGUUGCUCAGUGCUGGACUCAAAGUAAGAGUGAAUGUCAUAACAUGAGCGAUAGAAAUACUGAGACUGCUAUAUACAUAUUUAAUUCAGAACCGCUUGUUUUCAUUUGAGAUGAAAAGCACUUUAAGGAUUUUCAGCUGGAGCUUUCAUGUCUUUGUUUUUCCUGAUUUAAAUUGUGUUUAUGUUUGUGUGACACAACAGACCUCAGGUGAAAUCUGAAGUAAAUAGACUUUUAGGUGAGUUGCAGCUGUCAGCUUUCUUUGUUAUAUUAUUAUGCAUAGUUGCAUCUUUUCUUUAUUUUGCCAUUAGAUACAUUAAAAACAGAACUUACAUAAUUUUGUGUGUCUUCAUGGAGAACUUUUACACUGAGAUGUAAUGAGAGUCAUGUUACUGAUUGUAAAUUUUGAAAGUAAGAGCUGUGAUAUUUGUUUUGAACUAAGUUAUACUCCUGUAAAGGAUGUUUUUAUUCAUGUUAUCGAUCUGACAAUGAAUAAUCUUGUCAAAAUAAACAUAUA